AAUGAGCGAGGAACAAAGCCCGGCAAAAUGGUUUCUCAGGGGAUUCAGCUCAUCGGCAUAUCGAUGGCCUUGAUCGGCUGGUUCAUGGUCAUCGUGGUGUGCGCCCUGCCCAUGUGGAAGGUCACCGCUUUCAUCGGGGCCAACAUCAUCACGGCGCAGACCAUCUGGCAGGGCAUGUGGAUGAACUGCGUGGUGCAGAGCACGGGCCAGAUGCAGUGCAAGGUGUACGACUCCAUGCUGGCGCUGCCCCGGGACCUGCAGGCUGGCCGGGCCAUGGUCAUCAUCUCCAUCCUGACGGGGAUCAUCGGGGUGAUGUUGUCGAUCGCCGGCGGGAAAUGCACCAACUGCAUCGAGGAGGAGCAAGCCAAGGCGAAGGCCUGCAUCCUGGCUGGCGUCUUGUUCAUCAUCUCGGGUCUGCUCUGUCUCAUUCCUGUGUCCUGGUCCGCCAACAGCAUCAUCACCAACUUCUACAACCCGCUGCUGAUCGAAGCCCAGCGGUACGAGCUGGGGGCGGCGCUUUACAUCGGCUGGGCGGCCGCCGCACUGCUCCUCAUGGGAGGGGGGCUGAUGUGUUGGAACUGCCCGCCCAAACACGAGCACCCCCACUACACGCCCAAAUUCAGACCCGUGAAGUCGGUCUCCACAUCUAGGGAAUACGUGUAAGAUGGUCAGCGCUUCCUUACAUGGACUCUGGAGGUCAUGGGAGUUGCAACCGAGAGAAAUUAUUUCUAAAUAAAUUAAUGUAUAUUCACCGGCAAUGCAAAUAUAGCAUGAAAUCACACGCUUGACACCUGAGCUUUGAUUGCUGUUAGCCUGUGUGUCAAAGGGACCUUUCUCCCAGCGGACAUUUUGUCUUUGUCAAGCGAGUGUCGUAUAAACAAGGACUGCAUCUCGUUUGGUUGAGCCAGCGGGGCCCGGACAUUGUGCCCUUUGGUUUACUGCCGCACCUCCAUGGAUCGCAUCAUCAAUGUGAACUUCUCCUGCUGCAAUGAGAGGACGUGUUUGCUGUGAAAACAGUCCGUUUGACACCCAAAACAGGAAAUUGGCUUUUGUUCUUGCCUGACAUUGUCAUUUCAAAAUGGAAGAGCCUUUUAAAGGGAAUUUGAAUCCACGCUGUUUUGUGACUGGUUGAUGAAUAACUAGGAUUUGAAUUAUGAUCUUAAUGAAUCUGUGUAAAUAUUUUUGUCCGUUAUGAUGGGAAAAAAAGGGAAAAUAAGCCAGAAAUACUUCAUGCAGGCAUCUGUUGCAGUAAUAAAAAGAAGUUUCACUAAAAACUCAAAUGUUUAGGUCAAGGAGAAUCUAUGCAUCUGUAUCUGCUGUCUGCUUGUACUAUUCUGUAAAUAAACUCUAUACUAACUA